AUGGGAUUUGGUGAAGAAACUGGAUCUCAGCAUAGGAAUAUGACAAGCUCUGAUCCUUUGGAUGAAGAAGCUUGGCUGCAAAUAAUGUUCGGUCUUCCAAAUCAAUCCACUUCUUCAAACCAGCUAUCAAUACCCGCUGCAUCAAACACAAUCCAUUCUGUAACUCCUUUUGGUUUCGAAUCAUCCAUCCAGGCUCACUUUGGGCCAUUUCUGCCUCGCACAUCUUCUGAGGAAAUUUGCAGAGAAGAUCUUUUGCCACAUCAGCAAUUAAAUGUAAAUCAUGCUGAAUUGAAUCCAUCAGGUGCUGCAGCUACAACAUCACUUCCCUUUGCAAUACAAGCCUGUAAUUUGAAGGGCAGUAAUAUCUCUCGAGAAGCUUGCGUGGUUGGAAGAAACCAGACUCAAGGCGAGGACUAUAAUUUCCUUGAGCUCUUUUUUACUUUUGGUUAUAUUGUCCUGGAGGGUCUCCAACAGAAGCUAGGCAUCCUAGACAUGCAUCUUGCUGUAAUUAAGCAGAACACAGCAUUUUGCCAUGGCCGGUGCAUGAAUGAAAACGAUGAUAAGGAACUAAAGAAAGUUUCAGACAGUCAAAAAAAGCUAGUUGUUUCUCCUGACUUGUUGCCCCAUUCUUGUGUAAUUUCUGGAACAAAUUUCCACUCUUUGGUUGUUUUCUUUAGGGCCUCAUCUUCCCGGUGGUUAUUGAAUGUUAAUGGUCAGAAGGUGUAG